AGCGAACUGUUUGCUCCUUUAAUUUUUGUUCUUAAUUAUGUUGAAGUUACCGAAGUAAUUUAGUCUACAAAAAGCAAACUAAACAUUGGUUAUUUGACAAAGUCGGAGGAUUUCAUUUCAAGAAGAUCAGCGGUUGCGUUCUAGAUUGGUUUUUGUAAGAUUCGUAUCAUUCGUUUGCGUAGAUUUCUGUAAGCUAGUAGAAGGAUGGCUGCGAGUCGAGCGAAACGCAUCAAUGCUGGUGCAUUGAUGCCUGGUCUGAUCAAGGAUUUCCACGAGGAUGAAGUUUACAAGACGUUAUACGAAGGUUUCGACGAGAAAUCAGACGACGAAGAUUUCGGUCUGGAAGCCCUGUCCGAUAAUGGUUCAGAUGUGGAUUUCGAUGAAGAAGAGGAAGACUUGGAAGAUGACAUCCAAGAGGGCCAGGAAGAAGAUGAAGACGCCAAGAAGCGCAGGAGACCGGCCAAAAAGCCCUGGUUGAGAGCGAAACGCAAGGCUGUAGUUGAGAAAACAGCACCACCAGUUAAGAAGCGUCGAGGAGCUCGCGACGAUGAAGAUACUCGGAUAUCGGAUGAAGAGUCGGACGAGGAGGCGCCGCUAACACCAAUCGAAGGGGAGGACACAAGUUCCGGUGAUAAAGAUGACAGUCAUGGUAUGGGGCCGAGUACGCCGGCGGAUGCCAAGAAACGGAAGAAACCCACUGUGAUGCCAUCAGGACGAAGUAUUCGUGAUAGUACCGCUGCCAAGCGAUUCGCUGCUGAGGAAUUGGAAUUACAACGCGAACUGCGACGCCAGGAAAUCGGCCCGAGGAAAAAGACUAAAUAUCGCAUCCCCACUCAGGCGGAGAGAUUGGCUAAAUGUGUGGAAACGGAAAAGAAAAAUCGAGCAGAUCUGGCUAAAUACCAGAAAGACGAAGAAGAAAACGAAAAGAAAAAGGCGAAAAAACAGAAAGUUGUCCGUGGUCCAUUUGAUAUUUGCUCGAUCUCCACCACUGUUCAGUUGCCGCGGGUGGAAGAAAUUUCCGAUAAAAGUAUUCAAGCCUUAUUGCUGGAGGCAGAAUCUCUGACCGGAAAUAAGCCCGGUGAACGUUAUGCACGCUCAGCCGUCUGUUUUCGCACGGAAGAUGACUUCCAUCGCGCCUUCCCCGUCCCGACCGAAUCCCUGCAUGCUCCGGCUCCGCGCACAUGUUUAAUCACCGGCAAACCGGCACGCUACCGGGACCCGGUGACGAUGCGAUACUACUACGAUUCCCAGGCAUUACAUGCCCUACGCGGUCUGAUUUAUCGCCAUCUGCUGAUGCAAGCGUCCCAUUUGCAGAACGGACAUCUGACGGAAUACGUCCAGUGGUAUGAAUCGCGCUACAAAGCCGCAGCACGGAAUGCCGACGAAGCCGAACCGCCGGUAAAUGGAACAGCAGUCGGUCAAUGAGAUUUUUAUCUCCGUUUUUGUUAUUCAUUUUAUCUGUCUUCCACUAUCGUGGUUACUUAAUUGCUUGAAGGGCGUUGCUUUCUCAUUGAGCUCUGUUUAAGCAUUUGUAUUGCUCUACAGCCGUCAGAUCUUUUUUGCGUAAACUUCGCAGACUUGUACUGUUUCAAUUAUACUGUCUGUUUAUAUUCUGCUUAGAACUGGGCUAAAUGUUAUGAUCCUUUUAUUUUUCCGAUUGAAUACAAAACGAAUACCCGAAGGUCUUAAUAAUGAUUCGAGAAAGCGUGCACAUUAUAAAAUCAGGCUAUUAUCCUUCAGGCUUGGUUU